GGUUCAACUCACCACCAAUGUUGUUGUAUUGGCCGGCACCAACCGCCCUGACAUCCUUGACCCAGCAUUGAUGCGGCCAGGCCGGUUUGACCGUCAGAUUUACCCUUGUUGGAAGAGCCUCAGGAAGGACACCCUGGCAAGGAAGAUGGCAGCGCUCACUCCGGGCUUCACUGGUGCUGAUAUUUCUAACGUUUGCAAUGAAGCAGCUCUGAUCGCCGCCCGCCACCUAAGUCCUUGUGUUCAGGGGAAGCACUUUGAGCAGGCCAUCGAGAGGAUCAUUGGAGGCCUCGAGAAGAAGACCCAGGUCCUGCAGCCCAGUGAAAAGGCAACCGUGGCCUACCAUGAGGCCGGGCACGCCGUGGUGGGCUGGUUUCUGGAGCACGCAGACCCCCUGCUAAAGGUGUCCAUCAUCCCCCGAGGCAAGGGGCUCGGCUAUGCCCAGUACCUGCCACGAGAACAGUACCUGUACACACGGGAGCAGCUGUUUGAUCGUAUGUGCAUGAUGCUGGGUGGCAGGGUGGCCGAGCAGCUGUUUUUUGGGAAGAUCACCACAGGGGCACAGGAUGACCUAAGGAAGGUCACACAGAGCGCCUACGCACAGAUUGUGCAGUUUGGGAUGAGUGAGAAGCUGGGCCAGGUGUCGUUUGACUUCCCCCAACAAGGCGAAACCCUGGUGGAGAAGCCCUACAGCGAGGCAACUGCCCAGCUCAUCGACGAGGAGGUUCGGCACCUCAUCAGCUCUGCCUACGAGCGGACCCUGGAGCUGCUGACCCGGUGCCGGGACCAGGUGGAAAAGGUGGGCAAGCGGCUCCUGGAGAAGGAGGUGCUGGACAAGGCCGACAUGGUGGAGCUCCUGGGCCCCCGACCCUUCGCGGAGACGGCCACAUACGAGGAGCUUGUUGAGGGCACUGGCAGCCUAGAAGAGGACACGUCCCUUCCUGAGGGGCUGAAGGGCUGGAACCGUGUACAGGGGGAGGGGGUCCCUGAGCAGCACAUGCAGGAAAGCCCCCUAUAGCUGUGUGCAGACCUGGCUGCGACCUUGGGUGACCGCUGCUGCCUCUGAGCCUCUGCCGAGUGGCUUCCAGAAUCACGGGAACACAUGAAAACACCUGGCAACCCCAAGUGGGCCUGUGGGUGAAACCCUGAGAAGUACCAGAGAAGGGCUGCCUGCCAGAGAGGUGGCAGGGGGAGUGUCCCGAGUCUCUGGACCGGGACCAGCAGGGAGAGGCAGCAGGGCUGCAGCCCAGGCCUUUGUACCCUCCUGGGAGCCCUGAGCAAAGGAUGUAGCCUCAGACACUUCUGGCAGAGAUAGGACACGAGUGUCCGAGUGAGCUUGCCUCUGGAGAAGUGUUAAUGCAGGUCAUCUUAAAGUCACUCAGAAGACGAGCCUCGACCCAGUGCAGAAUCCCCAAAGUUAGAAUUAAAAGGAGGAGAAUCUGAGCUGGUUAUGAAGGGAAGGUCAGGCUGUGAGCCAGGUGAGUGGGAGGCCCGUAUGUCCUCACGAAGCCACAGGUGUGUGGCUGAGGGAAGGUUGGAGGGAUCUUGGGGGUCCCUCUCGCAGCAAGGUCUCCCUCCUGUGGCAGUUCUGCUCUGAGUGUGAGAGGAAGUUGGGGUUGGGGCGCCUUUCUGACUAGCAUGAGUCAGUCUGAUUGCCGUGGCUUGGUAACCUUCCUUGUGAUUCGUUUUGUUGGGGUCACAGAGAGGCAAGUCUGGACUGAGCCCCCACUGCCCCACUCAGCUCUGUGGGACCGUCUGCAGGUGCCCCAGUGCUUCCUCUGGCCAUAGCACCUGUAGAUCAGCCAUCUUCCUCGUGUUGGCUAGCUCCUCAAUAAAAGGAAGGCCAGUU